GUUACAAUAAAAUUUCUUUUUUUUUUUUUGAUUUUCUUACUCCCUUCUUUUAUUCUUAUAAAAGGGUCUCAAUUCAACAUAUAUUACACAAUUUGUGUGAUACUAUAAUCCAUGGCACAAAAAAACACGCUGCCAUUUUUUCGACAGAAACGAAUUUUAUCAAGUUUAAACGUACCUCGUCGAUAUGAGAUACCAGUAAGUAUCCUACGAGCUCUGAGUUGCGUCCCUGCCGCGCUAAAUAUCAUUCACAACCUGAAAGCAUCUUGGCAAGUACCUGAAAGAGAUGCAGGUGGACCUUUAACAAUACAAACAACACAAGCCGAAUAUUAUGUGGCUAUACUUUGGUGCAUAUUAGCUGGUUAUUGGAGCUGGAUUCUAGCUACCAGUAUGAUGAAGCGAUGGCUUUAUCAUUACGAAAUCAAACAUGCCAUCAUUCGACUAUUAACACUUAUUGUUGUCACCUGGUGUUUAACAGGCAUCAUCGGUUCAAUCAUCGAUGCUUCAGACCCCAUUCGGAUUCAGAUGACCAUCUGUUUUAUUCUGUUAUUUUUAAACUUUCUCAAGCUGACGUUUGCUUCUAGUACGAAAUACAGUCAAAAGAUCGAAGAUGUUUUACCCACCACUCGUUUCAAUUUAAAGAGUACAGCAGUAAAGAUUCUGCUAUUACCACUAUUGAUCGUGAUGGGAUUAUCAGGAUUUGCGCUGACUGGACAAGUCAAUCGAUUACAAUACAAUUCCAUCCUAUUGAUGAAUAACCAACCACCUUUUGAACUGGAUAGUACGGUCAGCCCUAUCACGGGCGGGAUUACGAUUCUUGUGUUGAUCUUAUCUUCUUGGACUUCACAAAGUGCUGAAAAACGCCAAAUCUUACGAGACACAACGUUACAUUGGACUGAGAAAACAAGUGAUACAAACAUCAUUUAUAGAUUUGUUGUGGGUCAACCCCCUUCUCCACGUAUUCAAUCCUGGAUGGGACCAAAACUGUUGGCGGAAUCGGAGAAAUAUCAUGAUUUGUUGGUCGUACCAGCUCCAGAUCUACAGUUGGACAAGAGUAAGAAAUUAUUCGAGGCCUUUAAAUGGGCGUCUUCUUCUGUACGUCAUGACUAUCUCGUCAAGACAGAUGAUGAUGUCUUUGUCAGAUUUGAUGUUUUACGUAAAGAAUUGGUUGAAUUGGGUUCUCCCAAGUCUAAUUAUUGGAACGGCUUUGUUUACAGAAAUAUGCCAAUCGAUUAUUUUAAGCCCAGUUAUAAUAUGGAUCACGAUUACGCUAUGCCAGUUUUACCAGCAUUCACUUCAGGUACAUUGUACACUAUUUCCAGUGACAUUGUGGACAGAAUUGCUAAAAUAGAGCACCCUCAACGCUUUGUGAGUCGAGACGAUGUAAACUUAGCCAUGUGGUUAUUCGGAUUUGAUAUUGAACCAACUCACGAUAUACGUAUUCAAGACUCAGCCGAUGCAUGCGAAGAGUCCAUGAUCGCCAAACGAUUUCCUUACGACAAGUUUGAUAAGAGUAUGAAACUCAUCUAUAAGAACACCGAGCACAGACAGCCUCAAUGCUUUGGCUUAAACAAGAAAAAGAAGUGUGCUGUAUGUUACCCUUGUCAUGGUAAAUCCGAUAAUUGGCGUUCCAGCAAUUUACAUUGUGACCUUGAACGCGGUGUUUCUUUGCGUGAAAAUCAGGCUUACAAGAAAAUUUCUGGUCCGGUUGUCAAGGAUACGUUACCAUCGUCCGUCAUUGGUGUCAAUGAUCAAUGGAUUAUUAAAGAUAUCCUGUCGGCACGUUCAUCUAUUUAUACCGAGGAUGAGGAAAAUUGGCACUUGUUAUAUUGGGUUUGCUGGACAAGUGGUCCCGAGACAUUUACAGAUCGUCAUUGGCGUGCGAUUGAGAUGGUUUGGGUUCACGAACCUAACGCUGUAAUUAUUAUGAUGUCUAACUCACUGCCCGAGAACUUCUUUAACGAAUACUUGGCGCGUGGUUACAAUAUCCAGUUAGUCAACUUUACCAAAGAAAACCUGUUGAAAUGGGACUGGUAUUUCGGACCUGGCACCAAAGAUUGGAUUCAGGACUGGGAGAAAUGGGAUGGUGGACAAUACUUUAACUACCAUUUGACAGAUUAUAUUCGUUGUAUCUUAUUGUAUAAAUACGGUGGUACUUACAUGGAUAUGGAUGCGUUAUGGAUCCGUAUCCCUCCCAAUUCUAAUCAAGAAUUUAUCGGGUCGGAUUAUUCCAAUAAUUAUGAUGAUCGUGCAUGGACGCUUGAUGAUAAAGGUCUGUAUCUACCUCAAGGUCUGAUGCGAUUUAAACGCGGUUGGAAACUAUUCCGAGAAAUGGCGGAAGGAGCUUUUGAUUCCUUUAUUUAUGACCCUGAUUGCUUUAACUGUGGUGGACCCAAGGCUAUCACAUCCUAUGUUCGUGAACGACGCGCUGUGCUUGAAGAAGGCGGAUUAACCAUCUUACCUCGUAAAGUCUUGUAUCCAUACGGCUAUAACGAAAUUCACAAGUUGCUGGAACCCAAUGCUUUAGCUGAACAAGAUGUCAAAAAUAAGAUUGAGCCUUUUAGUUGGAACAUUCAUUUGUUCGGCAAGAUGACAAACAAUAAGCCUGUGCAAGCGGGAAGUGCAAUUGAUUUUGUGUUUAGAAAGUUUGAUUUAAAUAUACCUCAUCGUGGUACCAAAACACAUAGUAUCAUUUCGUCUACAGGUACAUAUGAUGUCCCCAUGCGCUUAGUAGGUCCCCGCGACUAUCUCUACCACUCCAUCUCAGAACGUAUGCUGGAAGAUGAUAAGAAACAUGAUAAUCUUUUGGUAUUACAACCUGUGCCUGGCAAGUUUCAAGGUCUGAAUGUGAUAUUUGUACGUGGUGGACCCAAUAAGAUCUCCAAAGUGACAUUGCAAGUGGAAGCUUCCAUUGGACGUGGUCGUAUUAACAAUGGCACGUAUGAAAAGAAGACACGACUUGAGUUACAAGAUGUGACUAUGCGAGAAGUGAACAGUGUGCUGAAUACUUUGGAAUACAGUCCAACUAAACUCAUGAUGGCCAACGGUGGUCGUGACCGUUUCACAGUAGAUUUAACCUUUGAGCAUGAUGCCAAGGUAGAAAAAGAUCAAGUUCAAAUCACGGUGGUUGUAGUAGAACCUGUGGAAGAAGAUGAUCCCCUUGAAGAAGACUAGUAAAUGCAUCAUAUAUCAUUAGAAGAGAAAAUGCACCUUCUCAUUUAUACUCCCAUUUUUUUUUUUUUUAUUAUUAUUAUUAUUUUGAAAUAAAGGUAUUGUUUCUAUUAUUUCGUC